UCAGCGCUCGGCUCUUGGAGGAAAAGUUUGAUCUGUUGAGGUGGAAACAGAACAACUAAACUGAGCUGAUCUCAGUUCUCCAUUACGACUGGCAUACUGUUACUAGCUACUUUAGCAGCAUUUCAACACUCAGUUGGUCAGUUCAGAGGAAAUGAACAAAAACGGGAAGAGCUGAUAGUGUUUAAAGAAAGAGUUGAGAACAUAUAAUAAAGAGAAAGACUGAGAGAAAGAGAAAAUGUCUGAUAAUAAUGAUCUGUGUCUGCUGGGACUGAUCUUUCUCUCUUCACUUCUCACAGGUGUCAGUGGAGUGGAUGAUGAUCAUGUGUUCAUCAGUUCUGGUGAAGAUGUCCGUCUACCCUGUAAUAAUGCUCUUCAUGACUGUACAUCAACUACAUGGAACUAUAACAGAUUCAGUCAUUCAACAACAGUUGAACUGAUUCGUUUAGGUAUAAAGAAAGACACAGAGAGACAUGAGAGACUGAGUCUGGGGUCUGACUGCUCUCUGAACAUCAGGAACAUCUCAACAGAAGAUUCUGGAUCUUACAGCUGCCAACAAUGGACUGGUGUGGGUGGACCACGACUAAGACCUGAUGCUGGUGUUUAUCUGCAUGUUCUUCAUGUCUCAUCCUCACAGACUGAGAUCAGUGCAGAUCUCUCUGUGACUCUCUUCUGUCAGCUGUAUUCAUAUCCUCGAGUCUCUUGUGGUGAUUCGGUCGAUUCUGAGAGAAUUGAUCUGUUCUGGGUGAAUCAGGCUGGUGUUAAACUGAAUAUAUCAGACUCCAGAUAUCAGAUAUCAUCCUCAUCAGAUCACUGUAUCAUCUCUCUGACUACAACACUCCUGAAUGAAGAUCACAACAGAGAGUGGAGAUGUGAAGUUACUCACAGAGAUCAAGUCAAGAGCUCAGUCACAUACACUGUCAAGACUUCAGGUGAGAAAACAUCUCAUCAAUCAGUUUUAGAGCCUCAUAAUUUCAGUAUCAUUAAGGACUAUUCAUAUUUUACAGCUCGAGCUGAUUCAAAGACAGAACCAUUUUCUACAGAAGUCGCAGUGAUUUCUGUGUCUGUCGCUGUGAUCGCUGUUCUUCUGGCUGCUGUUCUCUGGCUGAUCUGGAGAAAAAGAGCUGAAAGUGACAGAGGGACUGGUGAAGCGGUGGUUAAAGACGAGAAUGAUGAUAAAGUGACGUAUGAGACGAUCAACAUGGACACUCCUGCUGCUGCGAGAGAGCAUGAGCGGACAGAUGAUGUGACUUACUCUGAAGUCUCCUCUACCAGUAAAAAGCCUGUGAAAUCACUCAAAGAUCAUAAUGACACAGUGACUUACGCUGCCAUCAGAUGAACAGAAUAUGAAGCACAGGAUGAACUUUACAAGAACAAGAGCUUCACAAAUAGACAUUCAUUAAGCAGAUCACUGCAUGAGCUCCUCGUAUCAGCAGCAGACGAGACGUUUUCCACGACUGCUGAGAUUCAGGGCUCUGCUGUUUGGAAGAAUUAGACAUGUGUAUGUCAUAGAACAGAACUUGAAUUCAAAAUCAAAGUCCUGUAAAAAUUUUUUUUGAUUUUUCAAUUGAAUGCAGUAGAGGCUACUCUUUCUUUCAGCAUGCGUAUAGGCUGUUUUAUGAAGAAAAAGUUAUCAAGUCAGAGCCAGAUUUACCUCUUCUUGUGAAAUAUUACCACCCCAAAACAGCAAAGAAACACCAUUACAGUUAUUCAGCUUGCAUUCAGUCUCUGAAGAUUGAAUGUAGUUCUUCACUCUUUUGAGAACGGAGGAAGAUGUUUCAUUCCUCUCAUUGCUGAUUCCAAUAUGUUAUUUUAUAGCAAAUAAAAGAUGCUUGAGCUACUGA